UGGUGGUAAAACACAGAGAGAAUUCUGGUAAAACCAUCUUGGUUACCGCAAAGUGAGGCUUAUCAGCCAAUGAAAUUUAAGUAGGAAGUUACAGAAGUCGCACGGAAAUUGCGUUGAUCCACUGCUGUACCAACGUGCUAAAGGUAAAGCACCCAGGAGCCAAAGCAGCGUGCAGUCAUGUGGCCCGUAGUUUGGACAGCCUUACGGACCUAUGCCCCUUAUGUCACCUUCCCUGUGGCCUUUGUGGUGGGAGCAGUGGGAUACCACCUGGAGUGGUUUGUCAGGGGGACCCCUAAACCUCGAGAGGAGAAGGGCAUCCUGGAGCUGAGGGAGGAGAGGAAGCUGCAGGAACAAGAGGGUAUGGACAGCACCAAGGUGCUUAGCCUGAAAGAGAAACUGGAGUUCACACCAAGAGCAGCUCUGAACAGAAACCGACAAGAAAAGAGCUAACUCCUUGGUGUGAGAGACUCAAAUUUACCCUUUUCUUUGGAGAAGGGUUGUGCACUGGGAUCAAAGGGGAUGAACAAGAGGGCAAAAACAUCCAUUCAGCCGUACGUCCACAGUCCUGGCCACCCAAAAGCCUCAGCUUGCCUGUGUGAAUAUCGGCUACCUUUUAGAAGCCGGAGGGUAAUUGUAAAAUCACCCUUGGUCUUUAAUCAAGUCAACUAUAGCUUAUGUGUGUUACAUGUGACUCUUUGACUCUCCCCUUGAUGUGGCACGUGCCUGCUUGUGCUUUGGACAAUAACUAGCAAGCAAGACACCUGAAUUUACAACACCUGUUAAAUAUGAAGGCUUUAAACAGUUGACAGGAUUUGAUGGAAACUGGUCAUUUUCUCUUUUAUUUAAAGUUAAUUGUGCGUAUUAUGGUACAAAUGACAUUUAAUCUGUGAUGUUAAAUCAGACAAAUGCCAAUUCCGUCUUUUCUUUCAUACAAAUGGUUUUUGUGUUGCAAGCCUGUCAUAAAGUGUUUCUCCUUUUAAUCUUAAUACAUUUUAAGAAAGCACUUCUGAUCUGAUUUGAUUGUCAUAAGAGAGGAGGAAGAAAGACAGGCAGGUCUUUGUUUUAGUUCUUUUUAUCUGGUGAUUGUAUGUGACAAAAUAAUCCAACAGUGUGGGAGGUCUCUCAGGAACUUUAAGCUGCUUAGUCCUAUUUUCUGAAACAUCUACACAAUACUUAAAUUUUGGAAUGGCUGAGUUGUAUGUACUAUAAGUUUGUGUCACUGAAAAAUGUGUUGAAUAAAGACUUUUUUGUGUAUGCCA